CGCUCGGUGUAGUAAAAAAUAGCAGCUCGUUCUCCGCGAGGCGUCGUACGCGAAGCCUCUCCGGUUAAACCGGGAUCUCACCGAGAAGAUCGUACCAUCGCGGGCGAGGACGGCUCGGAGGCGCGCGAUGUCCCGGAUCUACGGCUGCACCUGGUCUCGAGCUCGCCUGUUCCGUUUGUCCGGACUCUUCAUCGCUCACGAAUAGCGCCCAACAUCAAGCGGAGAAAAACAAAACAAAAGCAGGAUCGGCAAAAUGAGCGAGGAGGCGUCUCACGUGCCCAAAGAAGUGCUGGAGAGCGUGAGGGAUGCUGUGGGGAGGAAGAUCAAGCUGGCGGUUAAGAAGAGAGUUAAACUGGAGAUCAAAGGGGACAAGGUGGAGAACAGAAUCCUGGCACUGGCAUCACAUCGCGGAUACCUCCUUACUGCACGAAUCCCAGCAAAGGUGGAACAGACAUUCAGUUAUUUGGAGAUUCAGGGCAUCACAUGCAACAAACCCACACAGUUUGUGCUGGAGUAUGAGAAGGGUCAGAUCUCACUCAAGUUAACGUCUGUUGAAGAGGUGAAUGAGGUGGUGGCUCACAUCGGGAGCUGCCUACAGAGAAUCAUCCCUGGCCUGUCUCCUGUUAAAGUGAUAAAGAAGUUGUCGAUGGAGCCUGCAGAGAGGAUCAGUGCUCUCCAGAGUGUGUGGGACAGUCAAAGCUCAGCAGAGCCAGGACCCUGUGGGGGCUUUUCUCAGCAGUACAGGUGUGUGUGUGACUGGCUUGGAUUGCCGUACAGAGAAGAGGUUCAGUGGGAUGUGGACACGAUCUAUCUGACCCAGGACACACGAGAGUUGAAUCUACAGGACUUCAGCCACCUGGAGAACAGGGAUUUGGUAGCGAUAAUUGCAGUGCUGGAGUUCAACCAGUGGUUCACCAAGCUCUCCACAAAGGAUUAUAAACUGCCUGCAGAUGUGUGUGAUCAGAUUCUCCGAGUUGUGGCCCGCUCCAGUCGUCUGGAGGAGCUGGUCCUGGACAACGCAGGACUCAAAACGGACUUUGCACAGAAGCUGGCGAACGCCCUCGCCCACAACCUCAACUCAGGACUGCACUCUUUAAACCUUGCCAACAACCCUCUCGAGGACAGAGGAAUCGCCUCUUUGGGUGCUCAGUUUGCCAAACUCCGUAAAGGCCUCAAACACCUCAACUUCUCCAGAACCUCAUUGUCACCCAAAGGGGUGAACAGCCUUGCCCAGUCACUGAGUGCCAACCAGUCCAUCCUCAGCACCCUCAGCCAUCUGGACCUCUCAGGGAACAUUCUGCGUGGGGAUGACCUGCCGAAUUUUUACAAUUUCCUCAGCCAGCCAAACAGCCUGAGCACCCUGGACCUGUCCAAUACCGACUGCUCGCUGGACUUGCUUUGCUCUGCACUUCUUAGAGGAUCUGUCCAGCAUCUUGCCGUCCUCAACGUGUCUAAGAGUGUCUUUGCCCACAGGAAAAGUAAAGAUAUUCCUCCUGCAUUCAAGCAUUUCUUCAGCAGCGCUAUGGUCCUCAACACCAUCAACGUGUCAGGAACCAAGCUGCCGCCUGAAGCUUUGAAAGCCCUUCUGCUUGGUCUGGCCAGCAACCCCAACCUCAAAGAGGUGGCACUGGACCUCAGCUGCUGUGAGCUUGGCCACUGUCUACGGUCUGGAGGCUCACAGAUUCUGGAGGGCUGUAUCGCAGAGAUCCCUAACAUUUCCAGCCUGGACAUCUCCGACAAUGGUCUGGACUCCGACAUGAGCACUCUGCUGGUGUGGCUGGCCAAGAACCGCUCCAUCCGUCACCUUUCUCUGGGGAAGAACUUCAACAACAUCAAAUCAAAAAACUUGGCACCUGUCCUGGAUAACCUGGUCCACAUGAUCCAGGAGGAAGAAUCGCCACUGACUUCUCUCUCUUUGGCGGAUUCCAAGCUGAAGGGUGAUCUGACCAUCGUCCUGAACGCUCUGGGCAGUAACAGCUCUCUGACCCGAGUGGACAUUAGUGGUAACGGUAUGGGAGAUAUGGGGGCCAAGAUGCUGGCCAAAGCCCUACAGAUCAACAGCAAGCUGAGGACGGUCAUCUGGGACAGAAACAAUGUUAGCCCACAAGGUCUUCAGGAUGUAGCAGCAGCACUGGAGAAGAACUUCACCAUCCGCUUCAUGCCCAUCCCCAUAAUAGAUGCGUCACAAGCGCUGAAAGCCAGUCCGGAGAAAACUGAGGACGCCUUGCUGAGGAUGGAGAACUACCUGUUUAGGAACCACGAAACCCGCAAGUACGUGCAGGAGCAGGCGUACCGGCUUCAGCAGGGCAUCGUCACCACCACCACACAGCAAAUGAUUGACCGAAUAUGUGUGAAAGUCCAGGACCACCUCAACUCUCUGAAGAACUCUGAGAAAGACACCAUCCUGGAAGAUGUCAAAAUAGCUGAGAACCUCAUAAAGGACGCAAGGAACUCAAAAACGCUCUUGCCCAACCUGUACCACCUGGGAGCUGCAUCCCGUGAGGAGCUGAACGGCUCGUCUGUCGGCCCCAUCCAGGAGAAGCUGGACUCCAUGGCUGGAGAAGUGGCUCAGGUCAUGGACGAGCAGCUCCAGACACUGCUGGAGUCAAUGGUGGACGCAGCGGAGACUCUCUGUCCUCACGUGAUGCGUAAGAGCAACCUAAGGCAGGACCUGAUCAAGGCCAGCAUGGGCAAAGUGGUCGUCCCGCGCACCUUCGUGAAGAACACACUGCUCGAGCAGUCCGGCAUCGAUAUCAUCAACAAGAUCAGUGAAGUAAAGCUGAGUCUGGCUUCCUUCCUCUCCGAUCGAAUAGUCGAUGAGAUUUUGGAAGCACUUUCAAGCUCACAGAAUACACUGGCGGAGCACUUGGUGAGUAAAGGGCGCCCCCUGGUGCAGCAGGAGUCUCUGGACUUGGACGUCCCGGAGAUGAGAGUCCCCAAACGGGGAACCAUGGAGCUGCUGGAGGGUGAGAGGCUGGAUGACCUGGAGACCUGCAUGACUCUGUGCUGCACCAGUAUGACCCCAAAGUCCAAAAGGAAGAGCAUUCACAGCCGGAUGCUGAGGCCCGUCUCCAGAGCUUUCGAGAUGGAGUUUGACCUGGAUAAGGCUCUAGAGGACGUACCCAUCCAUGUGGAGGACCCUGCACCUCCUCCUAAACUGGACAAGAAGACAUCAGGAGGCAUGGGUGAGCUACCUUCUGAAGAGGCCAAGAAACUCCAGCAUUACACCAAACUGCGGCCCAAGAGGAACAAGAAGACCCACUCCAGCAGAGUCCCUCAGAUCAGCAAUGUGCCCUCUCAAGACGGAGAGCAGAAUGGCCUCAUGGGAAGAGUGGAUGAGGGCGUGGAUGAGUUCUUCUCCAAGAAAGUCACCAAAAUUGAUGACAAACGGCCGUCCCUGAAGAGCUCCGACUCUCAGGACGGCGAGAAGAAGCGAGACUCCCGCAAGGGCGGCUUCCUCAACCUCAUAAAGUCUCGCUCCAACAAGUCCGACAAAGAGAAAGAGAAGGAGAGGGAAAAGGAAAAGGAGAAGGAGAGGGAAAAGGAAAAGGAGAAGGAGCGGGAAAAGGAGAAGGAGAGGGAAAAGGAGAGGGAGAAGGAGAAAGAGAAGGAGAAGCUCCAGACCCUGUACUCCUCCCCUGUCCCGGCCCAGUCCGCCCCACAGACCUCAGAGGAUCCGUCGUCCCCCAAGGCAUCUGUGCGGAGUCCUGCAGCUGAGGCCAAAGCCAAGUCCCAGUCUCUGCCCACAGAGCGUAGUAGCAGCUCUGACCGCUCAGAAGAGCUGAAGACCCCAGACUCGGUGGACUCUGAGCCCUCAGAGGGAAGCCCUCAGGGCAACCGCCGCUACGGUGUCCAGGUGAUGGGAUGUGGCCUGCUGGCCGAGAUGAAAGCCAAACAGGAGAAGAGAGCCACAUUUGGGACACAUAAGAUAUCAGACUCUUCAUCUAUUCCAGAUAAGCCAGAUGUACCUCCAUCAGGGCUGACCAAGCCUGAGGUCAGCAGCAGUGUGAGUUCCCCAGAAAGAGUGCCACGUGCCGGCAGUGAAGGCAAACCGGAGACAGCACCCAAACCUAGAGGUUCUGGCCCAACACCUACAAGCCCCAAGCCCCCUCCGCAGAGCACCAAGCCCACCUUGGCUGCUCGUCCUGCCAUCCCACAGAAACCCCGUACCAGCAGUAGCCGCAGUAUAGAGGAGAGCUCAGAUUCCCCUGUUGGAGGUCCCAAGUCUCCAGGCUUGGUAUCAACACUGAGGAAAGCUCCAUCAGACAAGGAGGGAACACCCAGUCCUCUACAGAGCAGCUCAGCCACCAAGAACUCUGCUCAGGAAGCGGACGCAGCAGGAGACGCAUGUGUUUUUAAAGCUGACCCUGAGCUGGAUAAACCAGCAGCACCCUCCAAAGUGCAAGGCUCACCACAGCGCUCCGAGGAGGAGGAGGGCGAGCAAGAGCACAAGACGUCUCUCUCACGGCCUGCAAGGACGUCCUCUUCAUCAGACGGCCCUCAGCGCUCGUGCGCGAACCAGCAGAACUCGGACGAGAACGGCUCGAGGGCCAAGGACAAAGCAGCCAAUGGCGAGAAAGAGAAAGACAAGGACUCGAGCCAGGGCAGCAAGUCGGCUGACUCUGGGGAAGAGACCGAUAAAGAUUUUAUUUUUAUAUAAUCGUGGGAAGAGAAAGGGAGAGAAAGAGAGAGACCGGAUCACUUUGUGUUCAUUUCAACCUGUUUCAGGAAUCUUCCCCAAGACUGUUAGACGUAAUGCUGCACUUCCAACAACACAGAACACACAUAUAGAGUGGGUGUGUGUUUGUGCGAUUGCACGUAUGUGUGUCGUUACUACAUGCAAGUUUCCUGUAGUGUAUGUCUGAUUCUGUCUCUCUGACACAGAAUGCAUGUGUAUACGCUGUAUGACGUGUCUUGCUUUAUAAAAUUUUAAUAUGCUCAUUUGUAUAAUAACUAGGGCUAAAGCACUGUUAAAAAGAAUUGUCCAAAUGAGGCGGGUGUUUUCUCACUGUAGCAAAACCCCGCUCACUCUUUGAAAGCAGGGGAUGCGCUGACACUAGAAGAAGUGGGUAACACUUGACUGUAGGGCAGUGUUCAUGAAGCUUCAUUAAACCUACAUAAGCCCUUCAAGACUUCACGAGAAAGAACGACGACCUACGUAAACAUUUUUAAACACUUAUCACAGUUUUUUUUUUAAAUAAAAUAAUAAUUAAUAAGUCUGUGUUCGGUGACAUUGGAUCUUAUAAAAGUUGCGUACACUCAAAUCUUAUCGUACAUUAAUCGCACACAAAUGCUACAGACAGUUUUGUGAUUUAUCACUUUCAUCUUUGGCCUAUCUGUACGAUCAAACUCACUUCUGGUAGGAGUGUGUAAAGUUUAUAGUUAAAUUGUACAGUUUAGCAAAAUCACAUCAUUCUAUCAUCUUAAGAAACAGACAUUUUGUUUGUCGUAUUUUAUUCUUUCCAGCCAUCGUAAGUUUGGUUAGUAGGGGGAGCACUGUACUCUCUGACUUGAGGAAGAUAUGUAAGCAUUUUCUCUGGCCUCAUUAUAACAUUUAUAAGAUUUAAGCUAGGAAACAUCAUGUCACUAUUUAUUAUGUAUUAUGUCACUGUGAUAAACACCAAGCUCAGUUGUUAUAACAUGCUAUGUCAUGUCACCAAAAAAAGUAUUAUGACAACCCAGUGUCAACUGAUGCCACCUGACAUUGUUAUGAAGUCAAAUUUAACAAAAAAAAAAUUCAUAACAGAUGAUGCCUUUUGACUUAAGCCUUUGUUCAUGUUUUCGUAGGUUCGAUUCAGUUGCCAUGACAAGCUUCUGUAGAUGUCAGGCAGCCUGAACACUGCCCUGCAUUAAAGUGUAACCAGGAUGUGUCACUGUCUGCCCUUGUGCCUUAGAGCUCCACUCUACUACUGUACUGUGACCACUCAAAGCAGGACACUGAUGGCGUCUUAGACACUGUAUGUGUGUACGUAUGUCGGUUGACUGUACAACCCCCACUCCAUUUAAACUAAAGAUACGGGGAAGGAUUUCAGAUUUGUCGAUGUCACAUUUUUAGGGGCAAUUGGCUCUCAAACAGCUCAUUUGUCCAGUUUCUAGUCUACAAUCAGUAAUGGAUGGACCACAUAUCUAAGAUCAGACUCAAAUAGCUGUGAUUAGACAUCUCAUGUGUGAGAUAAGACUCAAAAGAAAACUCUUGUGUUCUUCAGCCUCAUCUCUGUCUGCUGCAGGUGUGUCAAUUGUCAGCCAACAUGGAUAAUAAUUCCUUCUAAUUAGAGAAGAACUGAAAAGCUGCCGACUCGCAAUAAAAGCUGUUGGGCAGUUCUGUUUGAAGGUUUACUGUAUAACACAAACAUGAAGCUAUGACUAAAGUCUAACAGGUAAGGGAAUGUCUUGUGAAGGCUGUUGUUGUGAAGUUUUAUCCAACUUUCCAACACUGUAGCAGUGCAGUAAAAAAAAAAAAGAAAAGUGAAAACUCCUCUCCACCACUGAGCUGGUAACGUACUACCAAAACUUCUUCCCUCAGGACAACUAGUGCAGAAACAAAUGACAAGAUUUACCACUUCAUUCACAAAUAUCUUGGGGUUUCCGAGUAGUGCAGCUGCCUAAGCGUUAGUCCUGUCAUCCGGAGAUCAUGAGCUCAAGCUUUGGCGAUGCCACAGCCAUCCUUCCAAGAGAACAUAAUGGGUGGGUAGGCUGGUCUUCCCUCUCCCCCUAUGCUUCAGCAUGAUCUUAGCCACAGCAGACAUCUGUUACCUGAUGUAACAGAAAUGGCAGUUAGCAUUCUCCUCCAAGCGCGUUGAGCUGCCCAUUCACACUGCAUUAACGGCAGUUUGAAAAGAUGCAGUGACUGACUUUACAGGCCUGUGUGCUCACAUUCAAUCUCCCAGGUUGGUAGCAUUAUGUUAAAUGCCUGUGUAGAAGGUGGGAAUCAGCUACAUCUAAAUUUGAGUGAACAUUUUGGUAAAACUCCCCAAAACAGACUGCAAAUAUAGGCGUUUCUCAUAAACAUUUACAGAUUUCAGCACAUGCCAAUUUGGUCCUCAGAGGAUGCAUGUGCUCACCUCAACCUCAUGGCUUGUUAGCAUCAUUUGUAAGGAAAGACCUCUCUAGCAGGUGAGAACUGGGUACAGGUGAAGUGGAAAAAUGUUGCUAAAAAUCGCAUAGAAAAAAAAACUCCGAUAUUUUUGAUGGAAGAAUUCACGGAAGUACAAAAAUAUGUUUUUCAUAAAUGUUCACUGAUCGCAUUCAGCAAAUUCAAAUUUGCUUCCAUUGUCAGUUUUUCUGUUUUUGUCCAAUGAAUGGCUGUGAUCAGAUGUAUGCUACAGAUGCAGCGAAUAGAGGCUGAAAAAUGUUGGCGUAUUCCUUUAAUGUAGCAGUGAUUAGACUUCAUCUGUUCAUGCCAAAUGUAUUUGAAUGCAGGAGUUGCUUUAUGUGUACCUGUUAUUUUCCUGCCUGUCCGAGUCGUCGGGGUGUGUUGAUGAAGAACAGCAGUGAUCAAAGAUCAGAUUCCUUGUGUUCAUUAUGAUCACAGCCAUCUAAACACCUACUAAAUCAGCUCUGGGCUUCUUUAUGAACCCAGUCCAGCCUCUUUUUGUCCAUUCUCUUUCUCUGUUUUGCGUAACUUGAGCAGCUGGCUUUUUCCUCUUCUGAUGCCCAACAUCAUUUUUUCCAUUUUUGCAGUAAAACUUUGUCAGCUCCUAAAUGGACAGUCCCUGUCCCACAUGCAUGUGAUGUCCACUUGUGUAUAUAAGUAAUGUGCUUUCAUACAUGUGUGUGUGUAUAUAUGCAUACGUUUAAUAUAUACAGGCUUCAAAUAUUAACACGUAAUAUAUAUGCACACAUAAUGUGUGUGUACACAGAUCGUAUACUGAUAAGGUACUAAGCACACUAAAAAAGGGAAAAAAGACAGACUGGGAGUUGUACAGCUACAUAAUUUAUUAUGAUGGAUACAUGGUGGUUGGUGCUUUUUUUUAAUCCAAUACAACUGGCUCUUCCUCUUUACUUAGGAUGUACAUUUUGUGGAUACGGUGCGAAAAGAAUUUCUAUUAAUUUUGUUAUUGCACACUGCUUGGCACAAUGAUUUAGUGUUAUUUUUAUUCUUGGAGGAGAAGGGUAACUGUAAAAUGAGUGUGGUUCUUCAGUGUUAAUAUAUAAUGAGAUCUUGUAUUAUUUUAAAAGCCGCAGGCGUGUUUGAUUUGCUCAUCGUGUUUUCAUCAUGCAGUAUUUUGAAUCUGGUUUUGGUGAUAAUCAAACUCUAACAUCUUUCACUCACGUGUUCUGUAGACGGUGGACCUUUUCUUUUUGGGUAUAUUUCUACCAAGCUGAUUAAAACUGAUUUUACAAGUUUAA